AGGCGUGGCUUUGGCCGCCAGAACAACAAGACACAACAAAACAAGGCCAGCACCCCUUCACCAACCAUGCAGAGUCCAGCCAGCCUGACUCCUGGUUCCUCGCAACAAAUGCCUCUGUCGCCAGGCCUUUCAGCCACUGCCAUGUCCUUUGAGAACAGAGAUCCCAGCGCCGAGAACCUCAGUAACCAGCGACCACCAUUCUUCUUCCGCGAGCAAUACGCCAACCUCAUCGUCAAGGGCAACUUCAUGACCCUCGCAGCCAAGCCCGUACUUAUUGAGGAGGGUGAAUGGCUGGCACAUCAGAUCGUCGAACAGAACCGCCUACUAGACGGCAUGCUCAAGAUCAUUCAAGAAGCCGACCGCAACACAGGUGUCCCAAUCUGCAACCAGCAAAGCUGUCCCGCCAUGAGCGCUGGCGCCAUGACUUACACCUGGCUCGAUGCCAAACGCGAAAGCGUCCGCGUCCCUGCCCCUCAAUACAUCUCAUACGUCCAAAAAUGGAUCGCUGGCAAAAUCACAGACCCCAGCAUCUUCCCAACAGAUACCUUCAUCAGUGCUCCACCGGCGCUGUCCUCCUCAGAUCCCAACAACUGGCUAGGUAAGGCAUCAGGUUUCCCUCCUCAGUUUGCAAACGACAUCCGCAACAUUUACAGACAGAUGCUGCGCUGCUACGCUCACAUCUACCACGCCCAUUGGCUUGAAUUCUGGCAUCUGGGUGCCUACAAGGAGCUCAACACCUGCUUCAUCCAUUUUGUAAAUGUGGGUAGGUUGUUUGGACUGUUGGGCGACAAGGAGCUGGAGCCAAUGGCUCCUCUUCUUGACAUCUGGCUGGAGAAGGGCUGGAUGGCUCCUCGUCCCACCAGC